GAUCCUAUUGUUUUAGACGGAAAUAAACUAUUACCACCUCCAGAUCUUACAUGCUUGGGGCUCGGAGAUCAUGGUCUAUAUCACUGGUUGGUUUCGAGGGUUUAUCUCACAAAACAACAGUUAAUCGACGAGAGUAUAGAGAUUGAACCUUUAGGAGAGGGAGAACACAUUGGCCGUGAUGAUAUCGCAAGUUCGGACAGUGGUGAUAAUAUUGAAGUAGUAAAAGCUUCGUUGAAUGACCUUACGAUAAAAAAACCUGAUGAAACUAAAAACUUGAAUGAUAGACCAAAUGGAUUUGCUUAUGAUCUUAAGGCGUCGUCAAGCAAGCUACCUUCUAUUUCUUCCACGUCAUCGCAACAACCUAUAAUAAAAAAUAGUGAAAUGGGUGAAUCGUCUGCCAAGAUCACGAAUCUUCCUAUGACUAAUACUAAUAAUAUAAAUAGUAUAAAAGAAACUGAAAGGCCGACUGAGCCAGCAAUCACCCCAUUUAUAGUAAAACCACUAUUUACUAGCACCGAAAUGAUAGAUAUACCAAAUAAAACAACGACCCUUAGUGAAUCAAGGUUCACCACGUCGAAAUCUAUCCCUAUCCCCAAUCGUACCAGUUCCAAUUUAGGUAGCAAUGGCAUUGCGCCCAUUCCCAUACAGCAAUCAGGAUCCGCGCCAUCCUUAGCGGCGCCUUCACUCAAUCCCCAUGCACCCGCUUUUUUCCCUCGAUCUCAGAGCUUCUCGAAUCCUGCUGGUAAUAACAUGAAUUUAUCAACAUUUGCUGAUUUGAGCAAAAAUGGAAAAUAUGAUGAUCCGUCUACUGAAAGUAAACUAGAAGAUGAUGGAGAUGAGCAGAAAUUUGUUUACACUGGCGGCUUUGUUUAUAAACCUUCAAGUGAAGAGAUGAAAAAAACUUCAAAUACUGAUGUUGAAGAUGAAGAUGAAGAAUUGUUUGUAUAUGAGGAAGGAAAGAAUAACGAAAGAGAGGAUGAAGGAAUUGUUGACGAAAGAGUUGACGUAGGAGAUGACGAAGAAAUUGGCGUAGGAGUUAACGUAGGAGAUGACGAAGGAGAUGACGAAGAUGACAAAUUUGUCUAUAAAAUCCAAGAUAACGAUCAAAAUGAGAAUAACACCGAAUUUUCAUCUUCCGUAGGAGUGAAUGGAACUUCUAAAUCAGCACCAAAAAAGGAAAUUGUUGUUAAUGGCUCUAGUGUGAAUGGCGUGAAUCCUGUCUUGACCAUCGUGAAUAGUGACCCAAAAACUGUUAAUGUGAAGAUGAACAUAGGACUUGCAUCCACUUCAUCAAAUACUGAUUGA